AUGCGCUUCCGGCCAUGCAUUGACCUCCACGCGGGUGCGGUAAAGCAGAUCGUGGGCUCUACGCUCACCGACGAUGCCAGCAAUGACCCCGUGACGAACUUCGUGUCUUCUCAGAGUGCUGGAGACUUUGCACGAAUGUACAAGCGAGAUGGACUUGUGGGGGGUCAUGUGAUCAUGUUGGGCACGUCGGAAGCCAACACGAAGGCAGCGUUGGAAGCUCUGCAGGCAUAUCCAGGAAGACUCCAAGUGGGCGGAGGCAUCACUGCAGAGAAUUGCCAGUUUUUUGUAGAAAAGGGUGCGAGUCACGUGAUCGUCACGUCUUACGUAUUUCGUGAAGGCCAGAUCGACUUUGAUCGGCUAGAAACACUCAAGCAACUCGUGGGCAAGGAACGUUUGGUGCUGGACUUGAGCUGUCGCAAGAGGGAAGAAGACAACAAGUUUUACGUCGUGACUGAUCGAUGGCAGAAGUUUACGACGACGGCGAUCGACGAGGCGUUGUUUCGCCGUCUUGCUGCAUAUUGCGAUGAGUUUCUAGUGCAUGCCGUGGACGUUGAAGGCAAGCGGUGCGGCAUUCAGCAAGAGCUUGUCGAGCUGCUCGCGCAGUGGAAGACUCUUCCUGUUACAUACGCCGGUGGUGCUAGCUCCUUGAAUGAUCUGGAUUUCGUGGACCGCAUUGGCAACGGCAAGGUCGACCUGUCGAUCGGAAGUGCGCUCGACAUCUUUGGUGGCGAUAUUCACUAUGCCGAUGUGGUUGCCUGGGACAAGAAACGCGCGACCGACACGACAUCGUCUCGGCAGCAUAUGUGA